UCUCUCUGUGGAUCAUUUAGCCAUGACUGAUUCUGACGAUGUCGAUGUCGUCCAAAAAGUAAACUUCCCAACCCCAAGAAGCUUUCUCACUACAUUCAAAACCGAUCUGAAAGAGACAUUCUUCCCCGACGAUCCCUUCCACCAUUUCAAAACCGAACCACAUCCACUCAGUCGGGCCAAGAAGGUGGUCCAAUACUUCAUCCCCGUCUUCCAAUGGCUUCCCAACUAUCAUUUCCAUCUCUUCCGCUACGACCUCUUUGCUGGGAUCACCAUCGCUAGCCUUGCCAUUCCUCAAGGGAUUAGCUAUGCUAAGCUCGCUAAUAUUCCUCCCAUUAUUGGCCUCUAUUCGAGCUUUGUGCCUCCUCUGGUUUACGCCAUUUUCGGUAGCUCAAGAGAUCUUGCAGUUGGGACUGUCGCCACUACGUCAUUGCUCCUAGCUUCAAUUCUAGGAGAUAAGGUAUCAGCUAAGGAUGAUCCGGCAUUGUAUCUUCGCUUGAUUUAUACUUCCACUUUCUUCACUGGAAUUUUUCAGGCGACUCUUGGGAUCUUCAGACUCGGGUUUUUGGUAGAUUUCCUGUCGCAUUCCACAAUCAUUGGAUUUAUGGGAGGAACAGCCACGAUCGUUAGUCUGCAACAACUCAAGGGUUUGUUUGGUUUGACGCAUUUCACAUCCAAAACAGAUAUAAUCUCUGUUAUGCAUUCAGUCUUCAGCCAAAGGAAGGAGUGGAGAUGGCAGAGUACAGUUAUGGGAUUAUGCUUUCUCGUCUUCCUCCUCUCCACCAGGCGCCUGAUGAAGAAGAAGCCAAAGCUAUUUUGGGUUUCGGCUAUAGCUCCAAUGGUGACUGUAGUAGUAGGCUGUGUUUUCGCUUACGUUGUUCAUGUAGACAGGCAUGGCAUUCAAAUCGUGGGUCACUUGAGUAAAGGAUUAAAUCCUCCUUCUCUUAGACAGUUAAACUUUGACUCUGAGUAUCUUCCUGUAACUAUAAAAUCUGGGAUCAUCACAGGCAUCUUAUCUCUUGCAGAAGGGAUAAUGAUAGGAAGGAGUUUUGCUGAAAUGAAAAACUAUCAGAUAGAUGGAAAUAAGGAAAUGAUAGCUUUUGGGAUAAUGAACAUUUUUGGCUCCAUCACUUCAUGCUACUUGACCUCAGGUCCAUUUUCAAAAACUGCUGUGAAUUACAAUGCAGGGUGUAAAAUGCAAAUGUCAAACGUAGUGAUGUCUAUGUGCAUAAUGUUGACUCUCUUAUUCUUGGCUCCUCUCUUUAGUUAUACUCCUCUUGUGGCUCUCUCUGCAAUAAUCAUGUCUGCAAUGUUUGGGCUCAUCAAGUACAAAGAAGUUUAUCGCUUAUUCAAGGUAGGACUAUCAAUAGUUAGAGCACUUCUAUAUGUAGCUAGGCCUGGUGCUCCCAAGCUUGGGAACAUACCAAGCUCAACAUUGUUCCAUGAUAUAGAGCAGUACCCUAAUGCCACUUCGAUCCCAGGCAUUCUCAUCCUACAAUUGGGAUCCCCUAUUUACUUUGCUAAUUUUGCUUACAUCAGAGCAAAGAUCACAAGGUGGAUUGAAGAGGAACUAGAUGUAAAAAACUCUAAAGGGCGUGAUCUUGAGUAUCUAAUACUAGAUUUUGGAGGAGUUACAUUUAUUGACAUGACUGGCAUUGAAAUGUUAUUUGAAGUGCAAAGGGAUACUGCAAGGAGAGGAAUUAAGGUAGCACUAGUAAACCCUAAGGUAGCAGUGUUAGAAAAGUUGAUGCUAUCAAAAUUCAUUAAUUCUAUUGGGAAGGAAUCCGUGUUCUUAUCAAUUGAAGCAGUGGUCAAGGCAUUCCAUUUCAUGCUUAAUGAGUCGAAGGAUAAUAGAAACAGUGCAGGACCCUCGAUUAGUAUAGAGAGCAAUACUUAUGUAACUGAUGACUGACAUUGAUGUUUUGUUCGUAGUUAAAUAAAGAAGAAGAAACAAAGAUCAAGAAGCUUGAUUAUGGAUCCUAGUUAAUUUGUAUGAAGAAAAUCAAACAAGUCCAUGCUUGGAU